AUGAUAAAAUUUCUACCCUUUGAACAAAAGAAAUUCUAUGGCAUAAUUGUAACUGUCGCAUUCUUCUUCACACCACUCAUCGUUAUUUUGGUAGCUUAUGGUACGAUCUUUCACAUAGCUAGAGCGCAUGCACGAGGCAGAGGCGUCAGUUCGUUCAAAAAGGUACUUUGCUGUGCUAUUGUUAUUGCCAUUGCUAUUGAUAGUCAGGGGAAUUCUUUCACUGGACCUCACUGUCUGUAUGAUCAUUAUCACGAGUGCUUUUUCUCGACUAUACCCAGCGCUGAAUGCCAGUGAUCAUAGUCCAUGUUUUGGUAAUAUGUUACAAUCUCAUGAAAAUUAUAGCUAACGUUAUUAAAAAACACAAAUACAGUCAAACCUGUAUCAUGUGGUCAUCCUUUGGGAAUGGCUUACUGACCGCUCAAUACAGGUUGACGGUUUAAUACAACUUUGACAAACCUAAGAGUUGUUCAAGCAAAUAAAGAUGGUGAAAGAGCGAACCAACGACAAAACUACCUCAAAGUGCCUCUGCCUUUUCUUGUGCCAAAAAAGCAAGUAAGAGACCAAUAAACGCCAUAAAAACUGUAUGUGUUGGAUUAGUAUGGUACAUAUUGUCAAAGUGACCGUCUAAUAGUAACGUAACCGCCUAAUGGAGGUGACCGCUUAAUUCAGUUCAGUUUUACAGUAACUGAGGCAAAUGAUUUCCGGGAUAUAGUCAAAGCUCUUCUGACAGACACCUCUAUUACUUACAGCUCAUUUGCUCCUUAGCAACAAACACUUCUUAAUCAGUUUCAUGGAGUGACGUACACGCACAUACAACAUUACUAAUGACAACUAACCAACGGUGGUUUGAGCAACGCAAAGAAACGUACAGUGAACAACGCAAUAUGAUGGUCACUUGACGGGAGGCCACAAAAAAACUAUAAAGAAGUUAGACUGACGAAGGCUUAGACAAACAGAAUUUUGUCGUUGGUCAGAUAAUUUUCACUGACGCUUUUCUUUUUGGUUGUUGUUGCUGUUUUUUUUCUCUGCUUUCUUUUCGUGCUUUCAAAAACACGUUAAUAUUUUCUGCUCAUCUUUUGGUUGAUCUGGAUUUUUGCACAGACGAGUAGAAUAUUUGUCGUUUAUUCCACUGAAAUGGACGUUCUUUUCAGACUGUGUUUGAUAUGCUUUAGUGAUUUUAUUAUAAGCCACAAUUAAUUUAACGAUGUUGCUUUUGUUCCAGGAUUUGCGCAUUGCUACAACAGUAGCCGUAGUCAUUGGCCUUUUUGUCAUCUGCUGGACUCCAUUUAUUGGCAUCAACUUCGCGUUCGCGCUUUGUAUAGCCACACUGUUCAAAGGAGCUGGUUGUCCAGGCCUUAUGACCUUGCCAACGUGGAUUCUUUCGGUAAACAAGUGGCUUCAGUACGAAAAUUCGGUUUGUAAUCCCGUCAUUUAUGGCUUCGGCGACAAAGAUUUUCGGCGAGCGUUUCGAAAGAUUUUACUCGGAUUGUGCUGUAAAAAGGUGCGGCUGUCAGAUUACAGCAAGAGUGCGUACGGACGCACGGUACGAACCACUUACUUACGGCGAGAAUCAAGAUUUGAAAACUGGCGAUCAGUACUCCUAACGUACCGCUAG